AUGAAGCGUGUCCAGAAAGGCCACGUCACUCUCAAAUGCUGGGACCUUGGAGGGCAGCCGAGAUUCCGGACCAUGUGGGAGCGCUAUUGCAGAGGGGUGAAUGCCAUGGUAUUCAUCGUGGACUCGGCCGAUAGGGAAGCGUUGCCUGUGGCGCGUGAAGAGCUGCAGAUCCUGCUCGAAAAGCCGGCCCUGGAAGGAAUUCCUCUGCUGGUCCUGGGCAACAAGUCCGACCUUCCGGACAAGCUCUCAGUCGACGAGCUGAUUGAAGCGCUGAACCUCAAGGCCGUCACGCACCGCGAGGUGAGCUGCUACGGCAUCAGCGCCAAGGAAGAGACGAACCUGGACGCGGUCCUCCAGUGGUUGAUCGCUCGGUCGGGCAGGUAG